GCAGACUGGUCGUAACUCUACACCUCCUCGAACAACUCAGCAACCAUGGCAGCACCAGGAGGCGGCGGCGCCUACUCCUUCUCUCUCACCACCUUCUCCCCCUCGGGCAAGCUCGUUCAGAUCGAGCACGCUCUCGCAGCUGUCGCUGGCGGCACAACUUCGCUGGGCAUCAAGGCAACAAAUGGUGUCGUCCUCGCGACGGAGAAGAAGGAUGUUUCAUCACUCAUUGACGCGUCCGUUAUCGAGAAGGUCGCUCCCAUCUGCCCCAACAUUGGUAUUGUGUACUCGGGUAUGGGCCCCGACUUCCGAGUGCUCGUUGCCAAAGCGCGCAAGAUCGCUCAGGCAUACUGGAAGGUGUACGGAGAGUACCCGCCGACCAAGGUGCUCGUGCAAGAGGUGGCAGCGGUGAUGCAGAAGGCGACGCAGUCCGGUGGUGUUCGCCCGUAUGGCAUCUCUCUUCUCAUCGCAGGGUGGGACGCCCACCGUGGACAGUCGCUGUAUCAGGUCGACCCCUCUGGAUCAUACUGGGCGUGGAAGGCGAGCGCGAUCGGGAAGAACAUGGUGAACGGCAAGACGUUCCUCGAGAAGCGCUACAACGACGACCUCUCCCUCGAAGAUGCGAUCCACACCGCGCUGCUCACGCUCAAGGAGGGCUUUGAGGGGCAGAUGACGGCCGAGACGAUCGAAAUUGGCAUCGUGACAGUGCCUACGCCGGAGCAGCAGAUUGCCAAGAGCGGCGAGCGCGCGCCGCCCACGUUCCGCAAGCUCACCGAGCAGGAGGUGCGCGACUACCUCUCGCUGUAAGAUAGAGAUGUAGAGUAUGAUAUGCAGCAUGACACAGCACGCGGGUUGCGUG